UUUACUUUUUGAAAUAUGUGAAUAAUGUCUGUGUUAAGUUUGUGUGUGAGUAAGUGUGCGAACAUAUAUUUUUUGAUGAUUGCGAAUGUCUGUAUAUGAGUGUACUAAGCCUGCAAUACAUAAAAGAAAACGAUUAUUAUUUAUAGAAAACUCAUUGGAAAAGUGAUAACAAUUAAAUAAAUUAUUUACUCAAACAAAAAUAAAUAAAAUAUAAACAUUCAAACAAUUUAUGAAAUAAAGAAACAUUUUAUAUAAAACAGUAAAGAUGCUGUCUUAAGCAAAUAAAGUGUCAAAAUUAAAAUCGCCUUCAAGGCGUGGCAUUUUGUAAAUAAAUAAAUUAAAAUAAAACAAACAUUACUUGACAGGACAAUCAUAAAUAUAACAAAAAUAAACUAGUAUAAAUAAACAAACGAAAAAACUAGAAACAAAAAUAAAUAUUUAUCAAUUCCCUUGCGAGUUUGUGUGAGCGUUUAUCACUAAAAUGACCAAAACCUGUAGCUGAAUAGUAAAGGGUAGAAAAAAUAAAACGGAAAGGAAAAUAUUUUCAGUUGCAUAUAAUUUAUGCAUGUGGUAGUGUGUUAUGGAAGAAAAUAUGCAACAUUUUUUAAAAGGUCUUUAAACAGUGAAGGUUACUAGUAGUAGUACAGAUGUCUACUGUUAAUGUGGAACAUGAUGAUGACGUUAAUAAAGCUGAAUCAAAAGAUUUACAAUUAAAACAUAUUGCACAGGUGGAGCGGUUGAUGCCUCCUCCCUCCUUCAGUUCCAUAGAGUUUUUAACGCCCUUGCCACCAACAUCUACAACUGCAGAAACAACAUGUUUAUCUAACGACUCUGCAUCUUUAACGAGUCAUUGUCAGUCGAAUUUAUAUAAUAUUCUUCAUAAUAACUCCAAAACCAGCCCUCUGUAUUCUUUUUUAACGUCACAAGUGGGUUGCAGCGAUUUUUCCGGCUAUUUUUCUGGACUUUCAAAAAUACAUAACUCAACAACAUCGUCUGUAACGACAUCGUGGCCUUUGUCAUCUUCAAAUUUAAAGUCUAAAUUUUCCUCACAAACUAAUCAAAAUAUAUUUGGCACAUCAAAUGGCGAUUCUUUGCCUGCCAUGGCAGUUGCUAUAACUGAAGAUUCUCCUCUAGAUGUUGGUAUUAAUAGUUAUCGAAAAGAUUUACCCCCCGAAAUUAAUCUACAGAACGAAAAAAACAUAGAGCAUAUGUCGAAUAAUGUUCUUGAAAAGGAAGAGGACAAAUAUAACGAAGAAAUCAAUGAAACAAAUAUUGUACCAAUAAUAACGGCGAACUCAACAUGCAUUCCAAACAAAACCGCAUCGCAAGAUGCUCUUAAAAGUACCAUUAAUCGCACAAAAGGUCGUAGUUUAUUGCAUCGUUUGGCCUCAUUUGCAGCAGCUGCAAGUAAUAGCACAAAUUUGACAGCCACCACCCCCCCGCCUUGUGCUCCGAAUCGUCAUUUGGAGAAACUUGCCAAAAGAUCAUUUCGUCUUAGUUCCUCAGGUUUAAAACAAACUUCACUUUUAAUGGAAAUUCUUAAGCUUAACAAUAUAACAGAUGAACAACAACAGCAACAAAAACAGUUGCCGAAUAAAGAGACGAACAGAUCUAGCUUGUCGGCAGCCUAUCAUAUGUUGGCUUCUCAGCUGCUGCAUUCGCAGUUAGUUCAGCAAUCAUCAUCAUCAUCACCAUCACCUCUUCUUAUAUUAGAUUACAGUUUAAAAACCAACAACAACAAUGAUGUAAGUUACGAUCACAUCGAUGAAAAUGUACAGACUAAUGAUCAUCAACAUGAAAAACUAGAGGGGACUGAAGUCGCAGUUGAAAGCGACAACAACGACUUGGACUUGGAAGCCAAUAACAUAAAAACUGAGAAGAAUCCUAUUAAAGAAACAUAUCUCAAGGUUCAACCGACAUCACCUGCGUUAUCUUUUCUCGCCAACUCAUCUGUUUUUGAUGAUAUUGGCGGUACCAAGAUCUUAGAUUUGUGGCACGAACAAUUAAAAAUUUUAACUCAAGCCCACAUAUGCCUAGAACAAUUUUUGGAAAUUAAUCAAGAAAUGCAAGUCGUUUUUGCGACACCCACACUUCAAAAACCAAAUGGCAGCCAAGUCUGUAAUAAUUUGAAAGAUGAAAAGGGAUUUAUCGAAGCCAUUAUGGCAAAAUUGCACUACGUUUUUAGACAUUGUGAAGACUCACGGCAGUUGUAUUUAAGAACUAGUCAAUUAUCCGAAGAAGAGUCUAUAUCUGUAUCACCUGUAAAUCAUCUCAAGUAUUUAUUAGAAGAUAGGUCUACACCUGACUUGAAACCCAAAGCUCAAUCGAAAACAACGGAUAUAAUCGAAUCGGAUGUUUCGUCUAUAAAGCGGGAAACAAAUGAUAUGAACGGUAACACAGAUACUGAAUUUAAAACCAAUAUUUUUAAAACUGUCUGGCAACCAUUCGCCAAUGAAACUCAACAAGAAGAAACACAGGAAGAAGAUGAAAGCAAACUUGGCAAAGAAGAACUAUACACAGGACACUCGGAAAACAAAUCACCCAUUUGCUUUUGGCAUCCUAAAAAUGUUGGCAUGAAUCGGAAUGAAAAGGCUGUAACAGCCGUUGAAAUAAUAUUAGAGUGUGCAGCGCUUAACAAAACAGCGGGAGCAGCAGCACCUGCAAACACUACGUUAAAUUGUCAAAAAAAAUCAAUGGAUACGGUCAACUCUACUAAUCCAUCACCAGUGCCGCAAAUAAUUGCAACAUCGACAUCAACCCCAUCUCUGAAUUCUUGUAAUUCGCCAUUUUUACAAACAACAUCUGCAUCAUCAUCUUCAUCAAAUUACUCGAUGAGUUCAAACCACCCGGAUGAAGCUCCAGCUUUAAAUAUGCUCAUGACAGAUUGUGGCACAUCUUCGUUUCUUACCGCUCUUAGCAAUCGAGCUCUUAUAAAUUUAGCAUCAAGUUCUUCGACUAUUGCAGCCAAUAUACCACCGAUUACCACCACCAGCCCCAGCUGUAACCGACGUAAAACAAAGAAACUAGAUACCAACACCAAUAAUAGUAGUAUACCACCCACCUCUAUUGCCGGAUUAAAUACAACCACGCCCUCCUAUGCUACAAGUCCGCCCAUUACAAAUGCCCAAAUAUAUGGCACACAUUCAACAUCAGCAGCCGCUGCUGUAGCUGCUCUACAGGAAAAAGCUUUAAGUGACAUGUUUAAAGUUCGCUUCAGUGCUUUAACUGCUGCAGCUGUCAUUAAUGCUGCCACAGCUUCAGCAAAUGCAGCAUCGACAGUUGCUAUCACCUCCACAACUAACAAUACCAAUAACUUGACAAACUCAGCAAUGAAUUCUGAAGGACCAUAUGAUCUCAGCAUUGGCAACAAAUUUAAGAAGAUGAAUCUGGAUAACAAAAAUUCAUCGAAUUUACAGGGAAACGAUAACUGCAAGGAUAACUCAUCCGAAAAAAAGAAACCACAUAUCAAAAAGCCUUUGAAUGCUUUCAUGUUAUACAUGAAGGAAAUGCGUGCCAAAGUAGUGGCAGAGUGCACACUAAAGGAAUCAGCUGCCAUUAAUCAAAUUUUGGGUAGACGGUGGCAUGAACUGUCCCGCGAAGAACAAAGUAAAUAUUAUGAAAAAGCUCGGCAAGAACGUCAAUUACACAUGGAAUUGUAUCCGGGGUGGAGUGCACGGGACAACUAUGGUUAUGUUUCGAAAAAGAAAAAGCGUAAAAAAGACAGAUCGCCCGCGGAUUCGGGAGAUUUAGGUAAUAAUAUGAAGAAAUGUCGAGCUCGGUUCGGUUUGGAUCAACAAAAUCAGUGGUGUAAACCUUGCAGGCGCAAAAAGAAGUGCAUUCGCUAUAUGGAGUCGGUUGGUGCAACCGGUGGUGGUAGUACAAAAGAAGAUCACUGUAAUGAUUUAGAUGACAUGGACGGUCAACGAAGUGAUGAGGAUGAUGACGACGACAACGAACAUGAUAAUUUGGGAAGUUGUGGUAGUGGCGAUGACACACACAAGGGCCGAGAUGAAGACAACGAAUCACUGAACCAUAGUCUUUCGAGUCCUGGUGGUUUAAGUGGUCUCUCCAGCCUGCAAAGUCCAUCAACAAGUUUAGCCAGCCCCUUAAGUCUGUUGACAAGUCCGGUUAUGCCGCAGCAUGGCAACGGACUGUUAAAUGCACCCGUAAAUGAACAGUUGCAACAGCAGCAUAUGCAGGUUUUGCAGGCUCAGCAACAACAUUUAAAUCAGCAAUUACUACAACAGACAAAGCUACAUCAUCAUCAUCAACAGCAGUCAAGUCAUUUGCAACAGCAGCAACAAUCUAUUGGUGUUGGAGGCUCCAAUUCAAAUGCGACAGCAGUGUCUGCCUAUGAAAGUGGCAUAAUUAACGCUGCUUCCAGUGUAGUGUCCACACUAUUGCCAACACUAUCUACCUCAUCUUCAUCGUCAUCGGGUUCGGUGUCGGGUUAUGGAUCAGCAAGCUCAUGUUCAACAAAUACAUCCUCCACAUCUUCGCCGGCCUCAUUAUCCGACCGAAUGGUUCGCUCAUUGCUUAGCGGUAGCCCGGCAAUGUUACUUGGCAAUCGUAUUGGUCAUAUAGCAAUGGGCUUGGCCAUGUCUAACAAUAGUAUUAGCAACAACAACAGUAUUAGUAAUGACAACACCUAUAAUUCCUUAGGACUGGCUGCAACAAGCGCAAACGAUGGCUCAGGUCUAAUAACAUCCUUACCAACAACCAGUAGCAGUCGAUCCUCAAUAACAACUAGUCUUAAUAAUAUACGCUCUGAUAAUUCAGACAAAUCCAUAAAUCAACCACUAACCACCGCAUUAAUAUCAACCCAAUCACCCUCAGUACCGUCAGUAACAUCGUCUGCAGCCUCAUCACCGGUGGCAAUCUCUACCACAACCGAUAUUCUAAGUGCCAGCAUCAGCAACAACAGCAGUCAUAUAUCAAUACCCCUACAGAGAAAUCCAAUCGGCGCAAAUCCCCGAGACAUCAAUAACCCGCUCAGCAUCAAUCAGUUGACGAAAAGGCCACGAGAGGAAAGUAACGGAAUCAGCAACAGCAGUGGUAGUAGUAUUAAUAGCAACACGUGCACCUCAUUAGGGUCUUUAUCGGCUUCAACAGGCGGACAUACUACAACAACAGCAAAUGUUGUUUUUAACCACCUGCAAUCCACACAUCACCAAACGCAAGCAGCAUUACCACUACCCCCACCUCAUAAUGCUAUGUUUAGCAAUAAUUUCACCCAACAUUUCCAACAACAAUUCGGCCAUCAUUUGGCUACGGCAGCAGCAGCUGCCGCGGCCAUUGCUUCUGCGCCAACAACUGUCACACAGUCUUCUCGAGCUGUUGGCAACAGUAAUAGCGCUAGCAAUGUAGCCACUAGUGCCAUGUCUGUAAAUAUUGAUGUCGGUCGUCGGCCGACAAGUGAAACAACUGCAACGAAUGAAAGUGGUGCCAUAAGUGUAACAUAACCCCAAUCUAACAAUCUUAUUUCCGGAGAGAAAAGCAACAAUUUAACGAGAACUAUUGAUGGUGUUAGUUUAUAAAUCUAGAUUAUCAAACAGAAUUUUAAAUUUAAAUAUAUGUUUGCAUUUGUCGAUA